AUGUGCAAAAUCUCUUCCACUUUCCACGUCCGCCAUAUUGACAUCCGACAAAUUUUGGGGUGGAUUGGUAAAUGUGCUAGCGUUUCUAGAAAUAUAAGUUCAGUUUUUUUAUAUAAAGUUAUUAGAUCAGCAUCCACAAUGGGGAAUGUGUUUGCCAAUUUAUUCAAGGGCCUCUUUGGCAAAAAGGAAAUGAGAAUACUUAUGGUUGGGUUGGAUGCUGCUGGUAAAACCACAAUUUUGUAUAAACUAAAAUUAGGUGAAAUUGUGACUACGAUUCCUACUAUUGGAUUUAAUGUUGAGACUGUAGAAUAUAAGAACAUCAGCUUUACUGUAUGGGAUGUAGGCGGUCAAGAUAAAAUUAGGCCUUUGUGGAGACACUAUUUCCAAAAUACACAGGGACUUAUCUUCGUAGUAGAUAGCAACGACAGAGAACGUAUCGGUGAAGCCAAGGACGAGCUGAUGCGUAUGCUUGCUGAAGACGAACUCAGGGAUGCUGUACUCCUCAUUUUCGCCAACAAACAAGAUCUACCCAACGCGAUGAACGCGGCCGAAAUCACAGACAAGCUGGGAUUGCACUCACUCCGAAACCGCAAUUGGUACAUCCAGGCUACCUGCGCGACAAGCGGAGAUGGACUGUACGAGGGCCUGGACUGGCUAUCCAACCAGUUGAAGAAUACCAACCGUUAA